AAACAUGAGUACAUUUCGUGUGUUACUCGUGUUGAUUUCAUCGGCUUGUGUUAUCAUUUUGGUGGAGACUACACCAGAUCCGGAUGCAUUUGCCGAUCCCGAAGCGAUGUACGUUCGAGCAUUUGCAGCUGCGCAUUCAGAUGAAUUUCAUGCAUUUAGAAUGCAGCAUCGCAGCAUAUUUGGCAUGAUGAGGAGCGGUGGCGGAGGUAGCAGUGGAAGUCAAACCAGUGGCAAACGCAUCAUUAUUAGAAGUAGAAAGUGUCAAAAGAAAAAGUGUAAACGCACAACAGCUGCAACGUCUUCCAAGUCAUCAACAACAAAGAAGAAGAAAAAGAAGAAGAAGAAGAAAUCUUCAACAAAAAAGAAAUCUUCAACAAAAAAGAAAUCUUCAACAAAAAAGAAAUCUUCAACAAAAAAGAAAUCUUCAACAAAAAAGAAGAAACGAUGUGCAUGCCGAUGCAAACUACGAUGCCCACGAAUCAAAACAGCAUUCACAACGUCAACCACAGCAUCAACGGCAAGUACGUCUACAACCGCAUCCACUGCAUCGACGACCAGCACGGCAAGCACAGCAUCGACAGCAUCUACGACAUCUACGGCAUCGACAGCAUCUACGGCAUCGACAGCAUCUACGGCAUCGACAGCAUCUACGGCAUCGACAGCAUCUACGGCAUCGACAGCAUCUACGGCAUCUACAGCAUCUACGCCAUCGACGGCAGCUACAUAA